AUGACAGAAAAUAUUAAAAUAAAAAUAAUAAAAUUACACCACAAAGAAACCCAAAAACGAAAUAAUAUAGAACACAAGCACGCUAUUUAUGAAGUUGAACCUUUUGAUUAUGGGGACCACAAUUAUUCUCUAAUCAACAUUGAAUAUCAAAAUGAAAGUGAUUUGCACGAAUUUGCGGCAGGCAAGAAUAUCAAUAUUCAGGUAGGGGAAGACAUGACCCUCGGAGAAGGCUCUACUUUAAUGAUCAAAGGUG